CCCGGACUCAUGGCCUGGUACUAUAUUUUCUUGACUUGAUCCUAGAGCUCAACGCUUGGUACCUUUCCUUUUCUCCACUCAUCGGAAGUACUUUAAACGUCGAUUACAGUUUUACAGCUAUACUUGCCAGUUCCGUCAAAUGGAGUCAUUUACCUAGUCCGUGGACACGUGAUUGGUAAUUAGCACUCUCUUCACUUAACAACACCCUUCAUUCUUCAUUCUUCAUUCCUCUUCUGUGUGCAAGGUUCAACUAAAUCCAGUGAGUUACUAGAGUCACUCGAUAGGGGCCGAGAAAUGUUAGGUAAUCGCCCUCCAGGCUCCAUGGAUUUGUCAACCAUGGAAUACCUACUCUCUGGGCCAAAUAUAAGUUUCACUAUCAAACCAUCAUACUAGUCAUUAGCAGACCGCCAGCAUCAUACCACCAACCCCAGAUUCAAUCAUCAUGGCCCUACCCACCAAAACCGACGAAUGGGUUGUGAAAUCCGCAUCCUCAACCAACUUCAACCUCCACCUAUCCAAAUCCGUCCCUAUCCAGUCCCUAGGCCCCAACGACGUCCUCCUCGAAAUCAAAGCCAUCUCCCUCAACUACCGCGACCUCGCCAUCGCCCGCGGCACCUACCCCCUCCCCACCACCUUCCCCCUCAUCCCCACCAGCGAUGCCUCCGCCCUGAUCCUCGCCACCGGCGCCGCCAUCACCACCCUCGCCCCAGGCACCCCCGUCCUCAUCCUCCCCGCGCCCCUCCACACCACCGGCCCCCUGACCUCCGCCACCCACGCCGCCCCCGGCGACGGCCACCACCCGGGCCUGCUGCGCCGCCACGCCGUGCUGCCCGCGUCGUGGGUCGCGCGGUACCCGGCCCACCUCAGCUACGUCGAAGCCGCGACGAUCGGCGCCGCGGGCCUGACGGCGUGGAACGCGCUCUUCGGGGCCGGGCUGCCGGGGGUCGCGGGCGGCGCGGGCCCGCGCGGGAUACGCGCGGGCGAUGUGGUGCUGACGCAGGGGACGGGCGCGGUGGCGCUGUUCGCGGCGGGGUUUGCGGUGCGCGCGGGGGCGCGGGUGAUUGGGACGACGAGUUCGGCGGGCAAGACGAGGUGGUUGAGGGCGCUGGGGGUGGCGGAGGUGCUGAAUUAUCGCGAGGAUGGGCGGUGGGGGGAGACGGCGAGGGGGCUGACGGCGGGUGGGGAGGGGGUGGAUCUUGUGGUGGAUGUGGGGGGUGCGGGGACGCUGGGGCAGAGUUUGAGGGCCAUUCGGUAUGAUGGGACGGUGGCGGUGACGGGGUUUUUGAGUGGUGGGGAGGAUGGCCCGGGACCGAGUUUGAUGGAGGUGCUGCCAAGGGCGGCGAAUGUGAGGGGGAUUUUGGCGGGGUCGAGGGCGCAAUAUGAGGAGAUGGUGGGGAAGAUGGAGGAGUGGGAGUUUAGGCCGGUGGUUGAUGAGAGGGUUUUUGGGUUUGGGGAGGUGGAGGAGGCGUAUGAGUAUCUUUGGGCGCAGAAGCAUGUUGGGAAGGUUGUUAUUGAGGUUGCGAAAUGAAGGAAGUACCUAGGUAAAAUUGGCAGAGAUCAGCACGUCAGAAUGUAGUAGAAUCAAGAUGACGAACGUCGAGCAUCGGGUGCCCUUUUCCAUUACGGCGGCACUUCUUUGCUUAUGUGUUCUAACUCAGUCCAAA